AUGUACGAGUACGAUGAUCAGCAGAUGAAAGAAGAGGCCCUGCAGUCCAGUGCGGCAGGCGUUAUCCAACGGCGUUGGCGAGAAUUUGCUGCGCGGCGUGAGCAUGAAGCUGCACAACGAAUGGAAAAGCCAUCUGUUUCGAUUGCUGCCGCCGCUGCUGCUGCUGCUGUUGCGGCGAAGGACGACGAUGCGGGCGAGACCCCGAUGGACAAUUCCCAAUAUCUCCUUAACGAGUACAGUCGCCUGUUGGAUGCCCGCGGUGCCGUUGUGGAGCGCAGUCUUGCCUGCCAGCGGCAGUUGGCGCGGUACUUCGCGGCGCAGCGGCAGCGCAAAGGCGAGGCCCCGCCGCAGUCCGUCUCGCCCGAGGCGGAGCAGCAGUACUGGACGACCGUUAGACAAAUGCACGAGGAGCACUGCAUCGCGCAGGCACAGAAGGAAGAGUCGGAGGCUCUACUCGCAGAGAUACAGGCACGACAUCAGGGAACCAUUGAUGAGGCACUCCGACAGGAAGAUGCCUUCCGACAGUAUAUACGGGAGUUUGCAGAGAAGUCGGUCUUUGUGCGUACCAAUCGUCGACUUACCAAGGAGGAGAUUGAGGAAUUUCUUAACAGAGAGAUGGAUCAAAGACGUGAAAUACGUAAUGCACGUAUACGCAAUAUUCUCUUGCGUCAUGAGGUUGAAAAAUUACAAAAAACUGCAGCACAACGUGAACAACAGCAAGAUGGAAUGAACCUUAUUGAUUUUGAGCAAUUGAAAAUUGAGAAUACAAAUCUUAAUGAAAAAAUAGAGGAACGCAAUGAAGACCUUGUAAAGUUACGGCGUAAGGUCACCACCACUAUUCAUGUACUGACUCAUGUAAAGGAGAAAUUGGAGUUCAUGAAGGUAGAGAAUGCCCAACUUCGGCGUCAGGUGGCAGCAACAGAGGAGGAACUUAAUGGUGUACGUGAUAAAUUGGCACAAACCAAACGCCGUCGUGAUCAUUUUACCAACUCUAAUAUAAAGAUGCGAGAAAAGAUGCCAAUGGUUGGAUCUGAGAAACUUCUUUUAGAUUAUGAGAAGCGUAAAGAGGCAUCCAAUAUUAUGCGGGAAAGUGUAUUGGAGAGUGCUGCAAAACACCGGGAGUUGGUGGCCGCCACCAACCGGCAGCAAUUAGUGCUGCAAAACCUCCAGAAGAGUUUGGCACUCGGAUCUUCAGUAGGACUUCCCCCAAUCACUGCCAAGGCAAUGACUGAAUAG